UCGAGAGGCAGGACCCACCCGAAACCGCGGCCCCGUCCUCCGGCGGAGAAACUCUUGAAGACACGGACUCCUCGGACACUUUCUCUGGACGCUAAGAGAGUCUUUACGCGGGAGAAGAUGCAUUCCGGUAACCUGGAGAAGACGGGCUCCCUGAGGAAACGGACUCUGUCUCGAGGAAUGAGCGAAGACGAGUCUCUGCGACACAUCAUCAGAGACGCGGAGGAGUCCCGCAGCGACAGCAGAUACGGCUCGCUAAGAAGAGGACAGCGGCAGGACAGUCACAGUGAAGAUGAUCUGCUUUCUGAGAACAUAGAAGAGGUGGAGCUGAGAGCGAGCUUCGAGGAGGUGAGGGCUCUGGAGCUGCAGCAGGAGGCUCUGCUCUUCCAGGUGGACUGUCUUCAGGACGCCCUCCAGAGCACCGAGGAGAUGCUGGCCGAGACCCAGAGGGACAACCACAGGCUCAUCACGGAGCUGGAGCGCGAGCGGGAGGCGAGGAGGAGGUCGGAGGAGGCGCUCGCCUCGUUACGGCGGGAGCUGCAGAGCUUCAGAGAGGAGGGACCCCACGAGCCGCUUCAGUCGAGGGCCUGCUCGGGGCCCGUCUGGCUCCGGGCCCCUCCGGAGGGGUCCUCAGUGGACGGGGACACACGCAGCGGAGGCUCCUCGGUGGAUCUGGACCCCGGGCGGCUCUUACAGCCGAAGACGCUUCACGUCCAGAAGCACGAGGCUCCGGGAGCCGACGACUACGACGAGAGCAGCGGCUACGAAGACGCUCCGUCCGAGUUCUCCCCCGCUCCGUCCACUCCGGACACGCAGCCGGACGCCGCUCUGCUGGACAGCGAGGCCGAGGACGGAGGGCCCGAGAACAGCCUGGCUAAAAGUACUGACUCCUGCGCUCUGUCCUAAACCCCGUCUGAGAUCCGUCCUCAGGCAGCCUUGCACACACCUUCAGACGAAGACUACUUUCUUACAGUCACUUAUUGAGGGAAAGAAGGACUCUCUCUUCCGGUGGUUUUUAUAGCUGUGUUUGUGCUGGAUUUCUUACGUAUCUCUUCCUCUGCUAUUAAACGAGCAGGGAGAGGAAUUUUAGACGCUUCACAAAAACAUGUGCUUUCGGUCUCUCUUUCAUCUUUUGGCAAGUAAUAUUAAUAACCCAGUGUAUUUGUGUAAGAGCAACCUGAUUCCAGGCCAUUAUUAACAUGCUUUUCAUUUGCUGCAUGUAGUUCUGAGAGUUUGGAGCCCCCUACAGUUAAGUGAGAGAACUACAAGUAAUUACAGUAAUCCUGGAGCUGGACACCGCCGGGAAUCAGCGUAAAAGAAUGAUUUCAAAACUAAACAUCUUUUACUAAGAAGUCGAGACCGUUUUCUUCUUGUAACUCCAGACUGACAAACAGGUUUUCUCUUUUUUUUCAUUAAAGCUGCAGUCCGUAACUUUUUUGUUGAAAAAUGAUCCAAAAUAAUAUUUGAGAGUACAUAUACAGUAAAUAUUCCUGUAUUCAAAGACAGAUUCAAAGAGCAGAACCCACACAAGAACGAUAGCGAUGAAGUGAACGUCUAGCUGCUAGUUCUUCAUGAAGAAACAGAGGUGUGCUAAUGUUUGUCUUGAAGGUGUAUUUUUAAUAUUGCUGUUUUUUUCAUCUAUACACUGAGUAACACGCUAGAUUUAUAAAUCUUGUGCUUUCGAUUCUUAACUUCAUGUCAUUUUUUCUGAAUUUCACGACAAAUUGGUUUGAAGCAUUUUUCUGAUUGAAGAAAAGCGUCCUUGUUUUCUAGUUCUUCUCAGGGAAUUUCUAAUACGUUCUGAUUCCUUACUAAUGACGUAAGUGUCCUGGCUUCCAGACGAUCUAACACAAGAACUCUAGAAGAACCGGUUCUGAAAUGAGCGAGAUGUUUGAGGAUCUUCUGAAAUGGUCUGCGCUCAAAAUGGAUGUCAUUUUUAACUGUUUACAAACGUGUUCAGCGUGUGAUAUCAGAAAUGAACUUAGCUGGACGAGGGUGUACGUCUAUCAGUGUGCACUGCUCCUUUAUUCACGUGUGAGUGACACACACCUCACUUCUAUCUGAUUCUAUCUGUCUUUUUUCUCAUUUUGUCGUUCUAACAUCAGACCUGAAGUUUAGUCUCAGUUCUCAAUCUUUAAUAGUUUAAAUGAAGUGUUCCCAGUAUAUUUAUUUGAUCUGUAUGGAUGUAAUCUGCAUGAGUUUAAAUGCCUUCAUCUUCCUCACUUCUAAAGUUUCUGUAGUUUUCUUCACCGGAGGACACCUUUUCAGGGAUGUGCCGCAGAGUGAUUUGAGUCUCUGAUACUCUGCCGUUUGACACUAUUUGUGGUGGACAGUAAAAUGAGUGACCGCCGAAGAGCUGACAGAGACCUCAUCAAACACCUGUCUCUAAACCUUUCCGUUUCAUGCUUGGGUUUUUUUUUUUUUAAAGCUGCAUUAAGAGUAUAUAAUGUUUGUAAAUCGAUAUGCAAAAUAAAAUAUUUUGAAUGUUUCAAA